UUCCUCUUCUCCACCACAAACUAAAACCCUAUCUUCCUCAUUGCUGCCGAAUCUCCUUCCUCACCAAAGCCAUGGCCGUCGUCGAUCUUCAUCAUCUUCUCUCCUUCAUUGCUGCUGACCCCUUCCUCACCAAAGCCAUUACCCUCCCUUACUCACCAAAGCCAUUACCCUCCCUUCCUCAUUGCUGCCGAAUCUCUUUCCUCACCAAAGCCAUGGCCGUCGAGCAUUCCGGAUCUAACAAAUCAUGAAGCGUCAAUCUUCAUCAUCUUCUUUCCUUCAUUAUUGCCGAAUCGCUUCCUCACCAAAGCCAUUACCCUAUCUUUCUCAUUGUUGCCGAAUCUCCUUCCUCACCAAAGCCAUGGCCGUCGAGCAUUCCAGAUCUAACAAAUCAUGGUGUCGAUCUUCAUCAUCUUCUUUCCUUCAUUGCUGCCGAACCCCUCUCAUGGCCGUCGGACCACUUGCAGGCAUUGAUCAAAAAGACCAAUCUUAACCCAAGAAAGAUUUGGCCUCACCAAAGCCAUGGCCGUCGAGCAUUCCGGAUCUAACAAAUCAUGGCGUCGAUCUUCAUCAUCUUCUUUCCUUCAUUGCUGCCGAACCCCUCUCAUGGCCGUCGGA